CCCAACAGAAACGUUUAAAAUAGAAACAGAAGCACCUGCUACCGUGAAUAUCAAACUUUGAAGCACAUAUACGACGAAGCUAAAUGAAAACACAUGUAAACAGCCAAUUAUAAUAGAACAAGCUGGGAAGCUAAAGAGAUUCACGGAGAUUCUGGGAGAAUCCCAAUGUAAAAACACAGUGGUAGACACAGAAGGAAUACCUGGAUUUACAAAAAGACGAAGCAUGAAUUUAAAUGCUUCUGUGGUGCUUCCUAUCACCAAAGCCAGGUCUGUCAAGCUCAAUGGCAGAAACAUGCAAGAAUUGCGAGUGGACACCUUGACUUUGGAUGAUGAGAGCAAGGAGAUGGAGGAGAAACUGCAGCAAUUAAAGGACACCAUGAGUAAAGAGAAGGAGGAGAGACAAAAUUCAAGAGGAUUAAGAUGGACAUCUGAAAAAAAAAUUUCUAUAAGCGGCAAUUCUCUACCAAGCAGCUUCAAUAAAAAUAAGGAGACCAAAAUCCAAAAGGUGUCAGCAGGCAAACAGAAGAUUCGAGUUUUGAAGGAAGAACCCCUAUCAGCUCCUGCUGUUUGUCGAGGGUUAACAAGGGGAAGCAGACUGAAAGAAAAGAUGUGUGGACAGUAUGAAGUGAAGACUGCUGGAUUAGUGUUUGUUGUGAAUGAUGGAGAGCAGAAGGUGGGGAUAACUGAAGAUGAUGAGCUAGGAUUGCCCUCCACACUUCUUACAGGACAGUACAAUGAGGAGGAAUCAGCACAAUACUUUCAGGAUGCUCUGAGACAGUGGAGAGGAGAAAGAUGUAAUGAAGGAGAACAAACCAUGACUACUGAUACAAUGUGGAGUCCUGUCAGAUCAGUAUCGGUGUCAGCUGUGGCGACCCAAGCUGACUUCCCUCCAGACAGAGAAGCUGAAGGACGAAAGAAGGGAGGGAGGGAAGGAGUUAUGGUGGAGUUCACAGAAAACAGCCUUACCUAUGUGGAGAGACUACUUCUUCAGAAGCACCGCAGAACACCAUUUCAAAGUUAUCAUCCUUCUCUGGACCUUGGCACGGAUUCAAAAUCUUCACUCACCACAGACACUGAGGAGGACACAGCAAACAACCUAACUGGUGAGGAAGAGGAUUUUCAUCGCUACUAUACAUCAUUGUUUGCUGUUCCUGUCAACAGGGGCAGGACUGAACCUCAGACUUCCACACCUGAAUCGUGCCUUGCCAUAGAAAUUUUGGAUGAGACUUGCAGUGACAUAGACAAAACCUGUGCUGCUGAACAGAAGAUGGAUAAAAACGAAGAGGUACCUUCUGUUCAGCAGAUCUCCAGGAGAGAAUUAACUCGAGUGUCUAAAAUGGCUCUAUCCAGUAACAGGUCUUCAAGAGCUGGACUUUCUUCUCCCAGUAAAACACAACCAUCCAGACAGUCCGGCAUGCCAGUGCAAUCCAAAGCAGCCAAGAAGCUCCAUUCAUCUCAGACUUCACAACCAGAACACUCAGUCAAAGCAUUGUCUUCUAAAAGUAAGACAUCUACGUGUCCCACUGCUGUGACCUCUGGAACUUCAAAUAAAUCAAAGAAGAAAACAGCCUCAAAGUCAUCUAUGUCUAUGUCCUCCCCAUCUACCAUGAAGUCAAACGAUAACUGUGGAUCGCCACUGAGUUCAUUCCUUUCACCAGAAAUCCCUAAAUCUUCAACCAGCCCUCUUUCUUUUUUUGAUGAAGUUUCAGCUUUAGAUGGUAAUAUGUCAGCCAACCCAGAAGAGCAUCCUUCCCAUUCUCCAUCAAUAUCCUUUUCCCUUCGGUCAACCUUCACAGUUUCACCAUCAAGCUCUACUCAGUCAACCUUUUUACCCAAGGUUUAUAACUCAACCCUGCUCCAAAAAGACUUGGACUUGUCUCUCUUGUCAGCGAAACGUCAGUCCUCCCAGUUAUUUUCUGAACCAGUCUCUUCUCUGAAUCUUUGUGAAGCUCCAAAAGGCAACCUGAUAUUCCAACAACAAUCCCAGCAUUCCAUGUGUGACCCAGACUGUCUUCAAUCAGAAAAUCAACUCAACCACAGUUUGUCACCAAUGUCUGCCACCCCAUACCCAAAACCAGAAUCCCUGGAACCAGUUCGAUCACUACUCAGCCCUGUGCCAUGUGGAGUAUAUGCAAAUUCUUUCUGUACAUCAGCUGAAAAAUAUGAAAAACAUCCAGUUUUUAUAUCCUCUACGCCAAGAUCUGGUGACCAGAAGUCAAGUCAGUUUCUUCAAGAUCCACGUUUUAGUUCAUCAUCCAGCCUGAAAACUGUCAUCAACAAUCCUGUCAAAAUGGACAAAGUCAAGGAGCCAUCAAUAGACAGUGGAGAUGAAAUGUCCAUUGACAGCCUGGGUCUGGCUGAAGAAGACUCUUCAGGCGAGGAAACACAAAUGGAGAGACGUUUAACGAGAGAGAAAUCCAAAGAAGAAAACCACCGUCCUGUGCUGUCUCAUCUUGAUGAUUCCUUUAUUCUUGCAGAGGUGGAAACAAAGAAAGAUUUGCAGACUGAGGAGCCAGAAAAGCAGUCAAAAUCAUUCAUGUUUUGUGAACUGCUGCAUCCUUCGCAUUGUCAGCAGGUGAUGCAAAAACAGAGUGCUGGGUCUGGAUCAGAGCAGUUCUGUGAUCUGGAUGGGUUUUUGCCUCUGGGUUUGGACACGGAUACUGGUCACCUCAGCUCACCAGAACAUGCACACUGUGAACCACUUCACACGCGUCACUCUUCAGUGUGUGAGUCAGACCCAACAGGAUGUAACCUGUCUGACAAGCCCACACCAGUUCUUUCUAAAUCAUCCAGGAGGAGAAGACCUCUCUCUGCACCUACAUCUUUCAGCCUCGUUUGUACUCCAUCUCCUCCUCUGUCUGCUCGCCCGUCUCAUCUCACACCAGGCUCAGAAUUUUCUCCAGCAUCUCGUCCAUUUUCCAGACCCACCCAAGAGAUCAUGGAGAUCUGUGGUGUGGACCAGAAAGGCUGUGAGGACCCUGAUUUGGAGAUGGAUAUAACGGUACACAUGCUACACAGUCUGGAGGAGGAAUUAAGAGUCAUUACAAAGGCGACUCAUGCUCUGGUAUUGGAUGGGGAAAACGGUGGAAGUCAAAAUGGGAGUCAUAGUCUCAAACGGGUUGCAGUCAGCAAGGAACAAAAGGAAGAGGACGAAGACGCGGAGAGAGACCGACAGAGUGUCCUCCUCCUACCCUGAGACACAAACACAACAGUCAUGGAACAGAUGUAAAAUAUGUUUCUGUUUUAGUUCACCUAUCUUUUUAUUGUUCAGAGUAGUCUGUAACACGAUGACAUGA